AUGCAAACGGAUUAUGCGUUAAACUAAUUCACGUAACCGCCGCGAUACGGUCGACGUCGUUUAUGGUACUUAAUACAAACAUCUUCAUCAUGAUGAGCGAGAACGAAGAAAGCGGUAGUGAAGAGGAAAUCGAAGAACCCGAAGUAACGAUUUCAAACGAUCUCCAAAAGGCUAUUGCCGAUGCCUUUUGGUUGUUUACAAGUGAAAAUAAUCGGCAAAACAUAUCCAUCAACGAUCUUGGAAAGGUCAUCCGUCACUUGGGAUGUGUACCUAGUGAAAUGGAGUUAAAAGAAUUCGCCAAAGAAGUUACACACCCUAAGUAUCCGAAGAUUGUCAAGCUCAACGCAUUCUUGCGACACAUGGAAGCACAAGUCCGGGCGUUCAAGUACAGACCGGGGAGUGCGGAUGAACUCUUGCAAGCGUUUCGAUUGUUGGACAUGGACGGCAAAGGAUCUUUGUCUAUAGAUCAAGUCCGAGCAGCUCUGAGAUCCGGCGAGUCUUUUGACAGUGAAGAAAUCGCCGAAGCCAUCAAAACGGCCUACGAUCCGCAUUACGGGUUCAUACACUAUGACGUGUGGGUCAACAAAUUACUGGGCAAGACCAAAACGGACGUAUACGCGUUAAUACCAGUCGACGGACGUGCGGCACAAAAGGACGCCAUGUUAGAUCAGCUUUUGAAUCAAUUGUAAAAUGAAUAAAAAAAAU